CUUCUUGUUAAACUCUACCUAUUGGUGGGAAUACAAACUCGCUCCCUUGAAGUCGCUCGGCGGAGUGAUGUUGUUUCGAGUUCUUGUGUGCUUGGUUUUGAUUUCUAGAAGCUUGUCGGUGGAUUUUAUAAGGUUCGAAAAACUUAAUGCAGCUUCUGGGGAAUCACUAAUCUUCUUAACAGAUGAUAGACCCACAGCUAUUUUGGAUGCUUCAGCUACGCAACAGAGAACUGUAUACUUUGCUCAAAGAAGUCCUGUUAUGGAGUUAAAAUUGACGUUCUCUUGUCUAGUGAACAAUCAGAGAAAUCCACUCCAGAAAAUAUCACUUUGCUGCCGAAGUAGUAUGGAAGAUCCAAAACGUUCUUGUGUACCAUUAUCAAAAGUUGAAGGCACAUUUUCAUGCCUUAAUACAGAUUUCCAAUUCACUGUGGACGAGAGAAAAGGAGCGAAUUUUUCUACUAGUAUAUCUCGAGAAACUCAUAUGUCCAACCCAAUCAGCGGAUUUUUUUCUUGUGUCGUUGCUGCCGAUGAAUUCAAUAUUAUUGAGUCUAAUGAAAUAGAGAUACGUGACGCUGUUUUCUAUAUACGCCAGUUAAAGGACACAGCAUCUCGAAAAAUUGAUGUGGUUGCACCUAUACCGUUAUCAUCGUUUCCACAUGAAUUUAGGUGCUCAGAUGACACUAAUGUUGAAUUAAAGUGGCCAUACUGGAUGCACCAACUUGAUGGAAGAUACGGGCCAUACAGAUGGAAAUACUGCUCUGCAACAGGGAGCCCGAAUGCUGUCACGUGUGCUGAGAAAACUGCUGCAUUUCCUCCAGAUACUAUCGUCACAUACGUAAAUGGCAGUGUCUACCUUACGGACCCUAACUUUAUCGACAAAAAGUCUGUAGCAAUUGUAUGCACUCAUUUAUAUCAGGUAGGGCCUAUCAAAACGUUUGCUGGUAAAGUUGGUGGUUCUGAAUUCCCUGUGAUUACUGGUGGUCUUUCAAUAGAUAAAAACGUUAUGGAGCCCAGCGAUAGGGAACUGUAUCCUCUGACAGCAUUAUCAUCUGAGUAUGUUAUAUCCAAAGGCAGUAGACUGGAAGAAUUUGUGCUGAAAGCUUUAUAUCGUCAACCGCAAGGUGAUUAUGAGUUUCACUGGUUUAAAGAUGAACAGCUAUUACCUAAGAAAGCAGCCACGAAAUACAGUUAUCAGCUUCCAAAUGUUGUAGAUGAAUCAGUGUCUGGGAUGUAUUCGCUUGUUGUGAAAUCUAACACUGAUGUUUCUGAUAGAUUAGUUUUCACUUAUGAUGUUAAAGUGGUUUCGCCUCCUGUCUUCAAAGAUCCAAAAUGUUUGAAAGAGCUAUUUUAUGUAAUGGAAAACAAUAACUUUGGUACUGUUUGUGAGUUUGAUGACACGUUGGAUACAGCAGUAUACGUCGGUGUAGCUUCCUUAGAAUCGACUUCAUCACAUGAACUUCGUCGUUCGAUUGAGGAUAACUUCAAGUAUUCUAGACAACAACUUUCUCAGCUGGACAUAGAUUUCCAUUUGGAUGGAGAAAGCACAAAUAGAAGAAUUACUAUCAAUAUCACAAGCUUAAAACUGGGACAAGAUUGUGAACUAUCUGUUCGCUUAUCGUCUAAAUACGGACAUGCACGCAUUUCAACCUCAAUUAAAGUAGUUCCUAAACCUCAACUUACAAUAUCACCGUCUAACGAAAAUUGUAUAAAAGAAUGCGAUGAAAAGCCAUACAAUGUAUCAUGUGGUCUAAAUGAAAAUGUUGUACAAGAAUGGAAAUCAAGAUUUAAUAUAGAACCAUCUGUUGAUUGGAUUAUUCAAAAUCAAUGGACACUGACACAUUUAGAAACAAGUGGUCUGGGGCAAUUUAUUACUGUAAUUGAUGGACAUGAUUCAACACUAACAGUAUGGCCAGAGGGUAAACCAAAUUCUGUUCCUACUAUUGUUCAAAACAAAGACGUUCUCAAUGACGAACCUGUAGAAGUAAAAACAGGAGAACAAGAAGGAGAAGGAGAAGAACAGCAAGAAGAAGAAGACGAACAACAACAACAACAACAGCGACCACAACAACAUGAAGAACAAGAGCAGGAACAAAUGGUAAAACCUGAUACUCACCAGGAAUCAUCAGCUCCAAUCGUCACUAGAACAUCAACGAUGACAUUGAAACAAUUUCUUGCACAAAAAAUUGGUGGCACUGAUGCUCAACCUCCGAAAGAUUUAAUUUUAAGCUGUUGGAUACGUUUAUCAGUGAUAAAUGGUGAAGCUGAAUUUGAUACACCUAGUGGAUUAUUAUUACGUCAACCAUAUGCUCGUCAAGCGCCAAUGGCGGCGGCACAAUCAUCUCGUACAAAUCGAUUUAUCUAUGAUUCACGUUGGGAAACUGAUUCAAAUCUAGCCAAACAGUUAACUGCAACGCGUACUUUUACACCGGAUAUUGUGCCUACAACUGCAAGUCUUGCAUGGAUUGCUGCUGUUAUAUUGGGUGUAAUUAUCGUUAUAGUAGUCAUUGCAUUAAGUAUUUGGUUAUGUACACGAGAUCGUGGUGAAACUUACAUGGUUUAUGAUAAAGAACGUGCUCACGGGAAUGAUCCAAUACAAGAACUUAAAGAGAAAGAAACAUUUCAAACAUUCCAAAGACAAGAGGAACCACGGAUUGCUACAAGUCGUUAUUCUCUAAAUGAUGGUAGUGUACGCUUUGAAAGUGAAGACGACGGAGAAUUGGAUGAUUAUGCAGGUGGUCCUGUGAAACAUCCAUUACUUCCGACUGCUACUACUACUACUACCAGUGGUAUUCCUACUCUCAAUACCACCAUCACCACCACUACUACGACUACACAGUCAACUCAAAAGUUGUGAUUGUAUUAUUGUAUUGAUUAUCCAAGUUUCAUUUCAUUUUCAAGAUUGUUUUUUUGUUGUUGUGGUGGUUGUGUUUAUUUCUAUUCUGGUGGUUCUGUUCUCUGACCUUUGGUGUGGAUAUGUGGUUUAUGUGGUGUCGCUGUCACAUUGUAUCCCCUUUCAGACAACAUUUUUAGCGCCUUCAUUAAUGUAAAAUGAUUUUUUUUCUGGACUUCUCCAUGAAUUGAUAGGAAGUCAGUAGUAGUCAUUACUCAUACAACUUCAUCACUUGAGAGGAGGACCCAAGAAGACGAACCUUAGGAACCACAAGAAAGUUCAUUCUAUCUCAUAUUUUUAGAAACAUUUCUGAAAUACGUGCUUAGAUAAGAUCCUGAUGUAACAACAGAAGACAAGGACCAGGCAACAGAUUGUUUAUUAAGGAUUUUCAUGUACAUUAUGAUAGAUUAUUGUUAGCAGAC